AUGGUUACCAUUACGAUCGCGCCCCCAACAACACCGCUGGAGAAAUUGGCCCUCCAUUAUUUUGCAAUCCGCACAAUAUCUUCGAGUACUGCAGUAGUUUAUGUAGUAAAAAGUCCCAAUAUUGAUCAAAUAGCUGACCCCAACCUCCCUGAUUCAAGUGCAAUUACCUCAAAUAUAUUUCCGGCAUUAUCAUCAAGCCCUGAAUCCACUGUACAAUCGCUCAUCAUGCCAUCUACUUUUCUUUCCACUGCUGUUUCAUCGCCUGCCUCAUCCAUUACUGCAUCUCCACCUGAGAUGACGGAUAACCAGUAUUUUCGCGGCAGUCGUGACUUCAUCUUCUAUUUACUCGCUCGAGACAAUGGAACACCACGUCGAUUGACCUCUCGUGCUCGUGUUACCAUACGCGUCCUUGAUGUCAAUGACAUGCCACCUAUGAUCUCUAUCAAUUAUCUGAAUGUCCCGAAUUCAUUUCCAUCAACUUCUAGUUCCCCUGGAGGACUGCGUUUCCCAGUUAAUUCGGCCUACCGGACAAGCCAAACUGCAUCUAGUGACGGUUAUUCGUCCUUUUACCUGAAACCGGCUCCUGAAGUUUCUUUUAGGCAAGCAAGUGAGCCUGCACUUGUCACUUCGGGUACCAACCGCGGAUAUCUAGUAGAAAACAGAGCUCGGGCUCUUGUUGCUUUUGUUUCAGUACGUGACUACGAUUCAGGUGAUUGGGGUCGAGUUCGCUGUCAUACAGAUAACGAGGCAUUUACUCUGGUGCCUAUGCUAUCAUCUCAAUCUUUUCCCUCAACGUCAAGAACAGUACAGACUGAAACACGUGUAAAUAGGGUAGCUAUGGAUUUAUUUGGAAGUAAUAAGGGAGGUACCCUUGGUAGUGAAAACAUUCCAGGAAGUUUGGGAUCGCUUGCAAGAGAUCCUAAUCUAAACGGUCCAGUGAUGGAUGCCAACCAGGAAGCAGGAUACAAAUUAAUGGCAACCAAAGCCUUAGAUCGUGAAGAGACUCCGGAGGUAAUGGCUCUAGAAAUUUCCUUUUGUAUUAAAGUCCUUUCUAUUUUUAUAUGA